AGAGAAUUUGGUCCCCAAUGCAUGCUUUUCUGUACUUUUUGCUCCCUUGUUUUCUACUGUGUUGCCAAAUGGCCCAUGAAGAGACAAAGAAGUUAAGGAAAGUAACUUGCUCGCAAGUCCCAAUAGGGGAAGGAGAAGAUUGGGGAAUUUUCGGCCAUAGAAGCACAAAUACAAAUGCACUGAGAACUGGAGGUUGAAAAUGAAGUUGAGGUUGCAGACACAGUACUAGUAACUGAUCUCAAUUCUCAGCCGUCGGUUCCCAUGUGUGGUUCUAAACAAUUGAGCUGAAAACUUUGGCUCCAAAAUUGCCACUCCCAUCACUUUGCCUUGACAACCCUCACCAGUGCCACCAAUCGCUCUUCUUCAUCCCAAGUUCCCCAACCUUCCUCUCCAAAAAGGAAACAAAGAAACAUAAAAGGGUAACCAAAUUUCACUUCGUUUUGGCAGAAAACCUAAAAGCAGGCGGAAGAAUGCAAAUUCAAACCCUGCUCCAUUAUUCCUCUUCCACUCCAUUCCACCCCCUAAACCCAAAAGUUUCAAUCUUUACCAAAAGCCCAUGUAGGGUUUACUCUCAUAGGAUCUUGCAAUUGCGGCACCCGCCUUUGCUUUCUUCAACUUCACGCAGUUUAAGGUCAAGACAUAGGCUUUUGACAUGCUGCAUUAGCCCAGACCAAGAACUCGUCCAUGACGUGGUUGGGGAGGUUGCAAGUGAAGUUGUUUCAGUUGUUCAAUCGUCCGAGGAAGAACGCGAAGCGGUGAGUGGGAAAGGGGCUGGAUUGGAGAGCCAGAGCUUGUGGGAGCAAAUGAAAGAGAUUGCGAUUUUCACAGGGCCUGCAGCUGGAUUAUGGCUUUGUACCCCAUUGAUGAGCCUGAUUGACACUGCUGUUAUUGGUCAAGGAAGCUCUGUUGAGCUUGCUGCUUUGGGUCCUGGGACAGUUAUGUGUGACAACUUGAGUUAUCUGUUUAUGUUUCUUGCCAUUGCUACUUCAAACAUGGUUGCAACUUCUCUUGCCAAAGAGGAUAAAGAAGAAGUUCAAUACCAGCUGUCAGUGUUGCUCUUUAUUGGCCUGACUUGUGGCGUCAUGAUGUUUCUCUUCACCAAGUUCUUUGGCUCAUAUGUUUUAGCAGCUUUUGCCGGUUCAAACAAUUCCCACGUUGUACCUAUAGCAAAUACUUAUGUCCAGGUCCGCGGCUUGGCAUGGCCAGCAAUUCUUAUUGGAUGGGUUGCUCAAAGUGCAAGCCUUGGAAUGAAGGAUUCUUUAGGGCCAUUGAAGGCACUGCUGGCUGCAACCGCUGUAAAUGUAAUCGGCGAUAUAGUUCUCUGUUCAUUUCUUGGAUAUGGCAUAGCAGGUGCAGCAUGGGCAACAAUGGCUUCACAAAUCGUUGCAGCUUAUAUGAUGAUGGAUUCACUGAAGAAAAAGGGGUAUAAUCCAUAUUCUAUCAGUGUUCCAUCGAUUGAUGACCUUGUGAAGAUAUUCGGGCUGGCUGGUCCAGUAUUUGUUAUGAUGAUGUCCAAGGUGGUUUUCUACUCGCUCCUUGUGUACUUCACUACAUCUAUGAGCACACUCACCUUGGCAGCUCAUCAGGUUGCGAUUCAAGCAUUCCUGAUGGGCACAGUCUGGGGAGAGCCGCUUUGUCAAACUGCACAAUCCUUCAUGCCUGAACUGCUCUUUGGAAUGAACCAAAAUUUUUCAAGGGCUAGGAUGCUGCUGAAAUCGCUGAUGAUCACUGGUACAAUUCUUGGAGUAUCAUUGGGGGUUCUCGGAACUUGUGUUCUUUUGUUCUUCCCCAAUAUCUUCACCCCUGAUUUGGAGGUCAUAAGAACGAUGCACAAAGUUCUGAUUCCAUAUUUUCUUGGGCUUUCUAUAACACCUUGCAUUCUCAGUCUUGAAGGCACAUUGCUGGCGGGAAGGGAUCAGAGAUAUCUUGGCCUGACAAUGAGUGGAUGCUGUACUGUGGGUACAUUAGGACUAAUGUUCGUUACCAGCAGAGGCUACGGCUUGCUGGGCAUCUGGUUCACAAUAGUUGGUUUCCAAUGGGUAUGGCUCUCUAAUAAUAAAGACAUCCGGACAACAUGACAUUCUUCUCCACGAUAUGAUUUCUGCAACUCAUUUUGUGGGUUUCUUUUUCUUCUGUUUUGAACUUUAUGCAGGCUCGAUUCUUCCUAGCACUCCAACGCCUUCUUUCACCGAGCGGCAUGCUUUUCUCUGAGCAGCAGUUGAGUCUCUAUGAAGUGAAGGAGUUGAAAGCUGCUUAGCUUUGUUUUUUAUAUGAAAAAUAGUCUUGGACUUAGCCUACAAGUCAUUUGUAAAUAUACUGAUGAUCAAAAGUUCUUUACCUUGUUGGCUUGUCCAGAAAUACAGUUAUGGCUCCCAUCUCAACUUAGUUGCCUGAAUACAAGGGGAAAUGAUUUCUUACACAAUGAAGCAAACACGAGGACGAAGAUCUAAGAUGUAGAUUUUUACAUCUCAUUCAAUUGGCUCAAGUACAUGAUAUAUCACGAGGCAAAUUCCUGAAUACCCUCUCUUAUACAGAAUCAGUUGUGCAAAAACCAAGAUCCACAAGGUAACAGAAAGCUUAAUCUAAACAUAGACGCAAAAAUUUGAAAAUAAAGUGGUAUUUGAAAAUACCUAACCUCAUGUCCGUUUGCUAGACCGCCAAUACUCU